CUUUUCACGGGACUUUUAUACAAUCAUUAUGCUGCUCCCGAUGGUUUCUGUUUCGAUAGUUUGUGUAAUGAUCAACCUAUUAUCGAUGGCGAUAGUUAUGAUAACAAUGUUAAGGAGAGGGUUGAUACCUUCAUUGCUUACAUUAACAAAAUGGCCAAGACUUAUCGUUCUACUCAUUUGUUGGUACCCAUGGGUGAUGAUUUCAAUUAUGAAAAUGCUAAUAUGAACUAUAAGAAUUUGGAUAAGUUAAUUAAAUAUGUCAAUCAACGUCAACUUAUGGGCACUAAGAUCAAUCUCUUAUACUCAACACCCGCCUGUUAUUUGAAUGCAUUACAUGAGACUAUCAAACUUACGUGGCCCAAUAAGACUCAAGAUUUCUUCCCUUAUGGUACUGACAAUCACACCUACUGGUCCGGCUACUUCAGUUCACGUCCCACCCAAAAGAAAUAUGAACGUGAUGGUAAUCACUUUUUGCAAGUCGCCAAACAAUUGACAACUUUGGCCAAUCUUACCACUGUCGAAGCCAAUCAGAAUCUCGAUAAAUUGAGACAAGUUAUGGGUAUAAUGCAACAUCAUGAUGCUAUAACCGGUACCGAAAAACAACAUGUUGCUGCCGAUUAUGAUAGACUUCUAACAGAUGCUAUAGUUGCAGCUCAAAAUAACACUCGUAUGGCUUUGCAAAAGUUAACCAAUUUGACAAAUGGUGAAUUUGUCUCUUGUCUACAGUUGAAUAUCAGUGUGUGUGAAUUUACUCAGAAAUCGGCCAAUAAUCUGGUGAUAACCGUCUUUAAUCCUUUGAGUCAACCUAGUACACAGUACAUUAGAAUUCCCGUUUUAAAUGUCAGUUAUAUUGUAACCGAUGCUUCUGGCAAAGAGAUUCCUCAUCAAAUUGUACCCGUGCCCGCUGAAGUUUUAGCUUUGACCGAUUUACGCAAGAAUUUGACUCAAACCGAAUUGGUAUUUGAGGCUUAUGUUGAGAAAUUGUCCAAUUUCUAUGUGAAAGUGAGGCCCCAACCUAAAUAUUUUGAAUAUGAUGUUUACAACAGUGAGGGUGUUCAGCUUAACAAUAGAUUCUUAAGAUAUCAAGCCAAUAAAGUGGGCGCUUUGAUGACAGCCCCUGCUACCACUAAUGAAGUUAAGCCUAGAGCUGCCGGAGAUGUGAUCGUGCAAAAUUCGUUAGUAAAGUUGACCUUCAACAAUAAGGGUUUGUUGUACAACAUUCAAAUGAAUGGUGUUUCGGAAAAUAUCACCCAAGAAUUCUAUUACUACAAGGGUGCUUUGGGUAAUAAUACUCAAUCUAAGUUUAGAUCUUCGGGAGCCUACACUUUCCGUCCCAAUGGCACAGAAUUGUUGGUCAGUACCUCUGCCACUAUUAAAGUAUUUAAUGGUCCUUUAGUCAAGGAAGUCCAUCAACGUUUUAAUGACUGGAACUAG